CUUAGUUCCGAACAGAGACAGAAACUCAGUGUGAAACGAUUUAAGACUAACAGUCACUCAGUGGAGUGUAUCUUAAAGAUACCAUUUUGUAUUUAUUUGUAUUUUUGCUUAACCUUAUCAAAGGCAAACCAUGGCAUUCCUGAUCUACCUGACUGUACUGACAAUAGCCGUCAUCACACAGGUGACUGCUAGCUGCCCUGCAAUGUGUGAGUGCCCUUCAGACCCCCUGGUUUGCCCUCCAGGAGUUAGCACUGUGUCAGAUGGAUGUGGGUGCUGCAAGGUGUGUGCUGCACAGCUCAACCAGGACUGCAGCCCCAUGAGGCCUUGCGACCACCACAAAGGGCUGGAGUGUAAUUACGGCAACGACGUAACCAUGGCCUGGGGCAUCUGUCGAGCUAAAUCUGAGGGACGCACAUGCGAGUACAAUGGCAGGAUCUACCAGAACGGCGAGAGCUUCCAUGCAGGCUGUAAACACCAGUGUACCUGCAUCGAUGGUGCUGUUGGCUGCGCUCCCCUCUGCAACAACAAGCUGCCACCAGCUUCACCAUCCUGCCCCUACCCGCGGCUGGUCCGGAUACCCGGGCAGUGCUGCUUCAGUGUGGACUGCCAUAAGGGCACCUGGCGCCUCCCACCCAAGCAUCAGGUGCCUCCACCACAACACCUGCCCAGACCUGAGCACCAUCCAGCCUCCCACCAGCCUGAAAACGGGCUGGUUCUGGCCAACGAGCUUGCAGAUGUCAAGUCCAGCGGCUGGGAGGGUGAACAUGGCUACAAACACCUGCCUGCGUGGAACCAUCUGAAGGAAAAGAAGUGUCCAGUGCAGACCACAGACUGGUCCCAGUGCUCUCGCAGCUGUGGGAUGGGCAUUUCUUCUCGAAUAACCAACAAGAACCCUCAGUGUAAGCUGGAGAGAGAGACGAGGAUCUGUACCAUACGGCCGUGCCAAGGCCUGACCCUCCCACCCAAGAAAGGGAAGAAGUGCUCCCCAACCCAGAAAGCUCCAGAGCCUGUCCGCCUAUCCUACGGAGAAUGCAUGAGUGUCCGCCUCUACCGGCCCAACUACUGCGGUGUGUGUACAGAUGGACAGUGCUGCUCGCCACGCCGCACACGCACUGUACCUGUGACCUUUGUCUGCCCAGAUGGAGAGCACUUCCAGAGGUCGGCCAUGUUCAUCCAGUCAUGUAAAUGCAGUGACGACUGCGGCCACCUUAACGAAGUGGCCCUCCCUCCGCAGCACUGGAUGUACGGAGACACGCACAAGUUCAUAGACUAGUACUGAGGAGUUUUUUGUUUGUUUGUUUGUUUUUGCUUUUUUAUGUGAAUGUGAUGAGGUCAACUUUAUUGAUGAAGGAAGAGGCUUCAAGACGAGGGGCCAUUUUUCUCAUCUGGCUCCAAGUGAGUGAAGACCACAGGCACCCACCUGACUCCAAAGACUGCAGGCAGGACGGGCCGCCUCGGUUUUAUCCACCAUCACGAAGGCAACCUUUAAUGUGACCGGAGUGGAUUGUACACUUCCCUGCUCCUGUUCAAACAGACGUGGGCCCUAGAUUAGAGCCCUGAAGCGCCCCUGGACUUCCUCCACUUUGGACUGAUUGACUGAUUCCUGGUUCAGUUGUGGAGGAUUUUUUAAUUUCUUUUUUUUACCCUCAGAUCUGCCUGAGAAUAGGAACGCUACAAGAGCAACAAAGCACUUUGUUUGGCACUGAAAUUUACUGAACUAUAACUUUGACAGCAGUGCAUAAGGAUCACCUCACCUGCAUCAAUAGCCUCACAUACUGUGAUGGUAAUGACUCCAUAUCCCACAAUGCACUGCAACUUCUCAGUGACAAGCAGCAAAAGAAUGACUUUUGCAGCUUUUAUGUAGAAAACUCCGGAGUAUGACGUAAAAUGCGGACAAAGACUGUUUUUAAAUCAAAAUUUAUGAAAUCAGCAUGUUAUGAACAUAAACACAGACUGCACCAAUUGUGCUUAUUUGACAUGCUGACAUGUCAAGCCAUCUAAAACUUCAUUUAAACACAGCAAUGAAUGACACGGUUUACUCAUAACACAGACAAUCAAAUGAUAAGUUUACCUGGGACUGAAACAGGCGUCAGCGGGGACUGGACCAAUGCCAAUGCAUUUCUAAAGACAUUUUAUUUCUUGUUUUGUGCAUUAAAUGCAGCUUAGAGAAAUGUCUAAGUCCUGUUUUUCUUGAAUUUAAUUUGGAUCACACUGUAUUCUGUUAAUGCAUUUUCUUUUUUAUGAUCCAAGUUUGUACUAUGUGGUGGUCCCAUUUAUCCACUUCUGUGGCUAAAUGGGACCACCGCAGUGUAGCUGUUUUUGUUAGUCCAUCCAUGUGAUAAAACUGGCUGCUGGCCUCAGGUUUCAUGUGAGGUUUUAUUUUAAUUCAACUUGUUCAGUUUCAAAUUAUCCUCCCUGGCAGCCUGUUCAAAGUCAUCAGUUGUAUGGGGAAAAACAGUGGCUGUCUUCAAACUAUAACGAUAGCGCCCUCUGCUUGUGAGAAUAAUUGCCGACAGUCAAAAUUUACAACACAAAGUUUGUAUUUUAUAUGAUACUGUUAGUGUUUAAUGUAACAUCUGACAUACUUAUAUGGGAAAAAUUAAAUCCAACACUGGCAAAUGAGGUAUAAAAAGUUUAUUUCUUUAACCAAAACAAUAUGUCCAUGGUUUUAACGAGAAAAAACACUAAAACAAGCACCCUGCAG